AAAAAAUUACUCAGUGAAACUCAAUUGAAAUUCUCACCGAAAAUUGCCAAUCACUAAUUCAUCCAUUAUUGAAUAAUCUCUGGUCUAAAUUUCGAUCGGAAUUCAAUGAAAAAAUUCGUACGAUACAUUCUAGAGAACUAGUGUGAUGCCAUUCGUCAUAAACAAAUAAAUAUUUUAUAUACUUAUUAUUCGGAGUAAAAUAAUAAUUCAUAAUAAGUAGUAACAAUAGUGUCGUUUUGAAUGAAUCUAAAGGCAUAAAUAUUGAAUGAAUUACCGUAAUUUUCAACAAAUGAAUUUUAUAUUUAUGAGAUAAACAAUAUUCAAUUGGAUAGCAGAUGAAUAAACUAUGGAGUUGGGAGUACUGAUGAAAAUACAUUAUAAUCAAGAAAGUUGGUGUGACAACUGUCAAAUCCCAGUGCAUUGUAACUAAUUAAAUCCAAUUGUCCUAGAGUUGAAUAAAGUUCCGUGAGUAUUUGGUUACAAGGGGUUAGCAAUGCCCAUUAGAAAUAUCUGAAUUAAAUUAUUUGAAUUUGAAUUUUUUAAAGCAACAAAUUGUCAUAUUCCAAUUGAUUAAGGGCAGUUGUUACGAAUUAAUUGGAUAGCAGCUUGAAUUGUUUUUCAAGAAACUCCAGUGCCUAGACUGAAUCAUGGAUAAAUUACAUGAUUAUCAGGGAAUUACGGGGCGAAUGCAUGGGGUGCGCGAUAAAAUAGGUGGAAAGUGGUGUGAGUUUAAGGAGUGGAAGAAUGAAAUACCAACUAAUCAGGGGAUUGGAGGAAUUGUGGCCCAUUUUCGUAGACCUCCGAAAUUGGAGAGAACUCUCGAGGAUUAUUCCCAUGUCUAUAGGCAAAAGACUCGAGGAGAACUGGUGAGGAUAUCAGCAGCGGUGAUGGGAAUCGAAUUUUCUUAUGCCGCAGAAACGGCAUUUGUCUCACCAACUCUAUUAAAAAUUGGUGUUGAUCAUCAACACAUGACUCUAGUCUGGGCCCUAAGUCCUCUCGUUGGUUUUUUCGUAACGCCGAUCCUGGGAAGUAUCAGCGACCGAUGCAAAUAUAAAUCCGGAAGAAGAAGACCCUUCAUUAUUCUAUUAUCUAUCGGCGUCCUCCUCGGAUUAUUAUUGAUUCCGAAUGGGGAGGAUAUCGGUUACGCUUUUGGUGACCCCAGGCCUCUGCUAAAUCACACAGCCCCCUUGGGUCAUCGAGUAACAGCUAAAAUUAUCGAUGAAACCACUUCCACCGUUCCGACGUCUUCCCACUGCUGGGGAAUAUUUUUUACCAUCUUAGGAACUGCUCUACUGGAUUUCGACGCUGACGCAUGUCAGAGUCCAGCUAGGGCUUAUCUACUUGAUGUAACAAUACCGGAAGAUCAUGCGAGGGGUCUCAGUACCUUCACUAUAAUGGCUGGUCUUGGUGGAUUCAUGGGGUACGGAUUGGGAGGAAUAAAUUGGGAUGCCACGAGCCUUGGAAUUGCUCUCGGUGGACAUCUUCAUGCAACAUUCACUCUUAUCACGAUCAUUUUCGUGAUAUGCGUAACUUGUACAAUCACCAGUUUCAAGGAGAUUCCUCUCAAUCUCCUGGAGAGGGAUGGUUACCAGAAUAUUCUUAGAGCUCAACAGGACACAAAACAGGAUAAUGGGUACGAGAAAAUUACCGGUGACGAAUGCACGUCUUAUGGAACACUUUCGGCUGAAAAUACGGAAAGACAUGAUGAUUUAAUACUAAAACCACUGCCGGUGGAUUCAAAGAGACAUGGAUCAGUGCCAAUGAUUCCCGAGAUAUUGUCACCAGCGAGUUACGACAAUGACAUACAAGAAAAUCAAAAUAACGAUACGAAAGUAUCACUGAGUGAAUACCUCAUGUCAAUAGUCUACAUGCCUCACAGCGUGCGAAUGGUUUGUCUGACCAAUCUCUUUUGCUGGAUGGCACACGUGUGCUACUCUCUCUACUUCACUGAUUUCGUAGGUGAAGCAGUUUACGGGGGUAAUCCACAGGCACCGGAGGGAUCAGUAGAACGACAACUCUAUGAGUCUGGUGUGCGUUUUGGCUGCUGGGGGAUGUCUAUGUACUCACUAUCAUGCGCCUGUUACUCGCUGGUUAUCGAAAGACUUAUCGAACGUUAUAAAGCCCGAAAGGUCUAUAUCUAUGGACUUCUCUUCUAUAGCUGCGGAAUGAUGAUGAUGGCUAUAACAAAACAUCCAGCAGGUGUUAUAAUAUUCUCAUGGACCGCUGGAGUUAUGUACUCAACUCUAUUUACCAUGCCGUAUUUAUUAAUUGCACGAUAUCAUGCCUUAUCUACGUUCGCGGUAACAGCAGAUGGGGAGGCAAUUCAAAGUGGUGGAAUACGUGGUCUAGGUACAGAUGUAGCGAUUGUGUCAUCGAUGGUAUUCCUAGCCCAGUUUCUUCUAUCUUGUGGUCUGGGAACAAUCGUAAGUUUAUCAGGAACAACAACAGCCGUUGUAUUCGUUGCAAGUACACUUGCAGCUUGCGGCGCCAUAGCAGCCACACGAAUUAUCUAUUUGGAUCUCUAAAUCUUCGAUUCUGUCUUCACCUGUUGAUCUGUUUAUCCCGGAUUUAUUUAUUCAAUCAGUAUUAAUCACACAGUGGAAUUGACGAUUUAAAGAUGGGGGCAGUUAAGAGAUCUCAACGAGCACAAAGUUUGUGGAUUUAUUGAUUCAUUAUAAAUUUAUCUGUGUCGAUAUUUACAAUAUUGUUUCAGCUUAUUAAUUAUGUAAAUAUUCGAAGAAUAUAAUAUAUUUGACCAAUACUCAAAGUAAAUUGCACAAUUUUACUGGAAAUUCGAUUUUCUUCUUCAAAUAUUUCUAUAUAAGUAUAUAUAAUUCAAGGAGACAGCCAGAAAAAUAUAAAUAGUUCUAUAGCGAUUCUAUAAAAAUUCAAUAGAAAUAAGUAAUUUGGAU